CUGAGCGCAGUCACGCCGUCGCGUGCGUUUACGUAAAGCUGGCGCUCCGGUUUCCCUGGCGGAGAAGAUGGCGGCUCCUGGACCGGGGGAGUAUUUUAGCGUUGGGAGCCAUGUCUCUUGUCUCACCUGCCUGGGCCAGCGCUUGCAAGGAGAAGUCGUGGCCUUCGACUACCAGACCAAGAUGUUAACUCUGAAAUGUGCUUCCUCCAGCGGCAAGCCCAACCUCAGCGACAUCGUCCUGAUCAACUUAGCCUACGUUUCUGACGUAGAAACCAUUAACGACCGCACCGAGACCCCUCCUCCUCUAGCAUCUUUGAAUGUCAGCAAGCUUGCCAAUCGGGCACGGACGGAAAAGGAAGACAAGUUGUCCCAAGCCUAUGCAAUCAGCGCUGGGGUUUCAGUCGAGGGCCAGCAACUAUUCCAGACUAUACAUAAAACCAUUAAAGACUGCAAAUGGCAGGAGAAGAACAUUAUCGUGAUGGACGACGUCGUAAUCUCACCACCCUAUCAGGUGGAAAACUGCAAAGGCAAAGAGGGGAGUGCGUUAAGUCAUAUACGCAAAAUUGUUGAGAAACAUUUUAGAGACGUGGAAACGCAGAAGUCGAUGCAGCGUUCACAAGCACAGCAAACACAGAAGGAGUCGUCGUUAUCAUCCUGAGGUGAUAGGGGGCGGGCACGGAUUGGCCAGAGAGGGCACGGUGGGCAUCAGCACCCCGAAAGCUGAGCGAGAACAGCACUUCCCUCUCCCUCUCUCUCUCUCUCUCUCUCUCUCUUUUUCUCUCUCCGUCUCUGUCCUCUCCUACUCCCCCAUUCAGUGUCACAGUCAGAGGGUGGGGGGGUCACCAGUGGGCCCCAGGUCUGCCAGAUCAAAUAAAAAAACAGAAAAACGUGGAAAAAAAUCAGAUAAAAAGUGAGGGUGGAAAGACUUAAUUCUAAAUUAGACUUUAUAAAGAUAAUUUAAAAUACCAACUAUUAAGCAACCCAUAGUUUUCCUAACUAACUCUCAGCAUCUCUCUCUCUCUCCCUCUUUCUCUGUGCCCUCCUCUUCCUCCUUCCCUCCCUUCAUUUCCAUCUCCCAUUCAUCUUCAAUUCCAUUUUCUGAAAAAAAAGGAAAAAACCCUAAGCAGUCAGAAAAGCGCAUUAGCUUUGUUUCCUUCCCCUCCCGGUUUUCCUUUUUUGCUGUCUUCAUGUUCUACAUGUGUCUGUAUUUUCUGUAUUUUAAAACAAGAUGUGACUUGAAAUGCCACAGUUUAAAAAGGACAUUUUCUAAAAUAAAAGUAACAAAAAUUCUGACUGUAA